AUGUUUGAUUUAAUACAAUCUACCGAAACAGUUUAUUAUGAUGCUGAACAGGGACCAACAGUGAAUCGCAGUUUAUCACGAGAAGAAACAGGCCAAUUUGAUGAAUUCCAAAGUUUAGGCAAAAGCACAAAUCGAUCCAUAGACGUUAAUCAUAAUUCUACUAAAAACAUAACAUUAGAAACAAUGUCUACCAGCUCACAUGUUAUUGAUAAUUAUAUUGAAACAGCUCACCAACAAUUAACAUUUGCUGCUCAACAGGACGUAUCACGUCGUCGUAAACGAAAACUAUUAUAUGGACUUGUUGGGUUGAUUGUUAUUAUUGUUAUCGUCGCCGUCUCUGUUACUUUAACUCUAAUGUUACGAACUCGAAAAUAG